AUGACCAAAAUAGCCAAACAUGAAUAUGUAAAUCAUCCACUCUAUCUACAUCAUUCAGAUAAACCUGGUGUGAUUCUUAUAUCUCAGCCUUUGACUGAAUACAAUUAUAGCACCUGGAGUCGUGCUAUGGUCAUGGCAUUAAGUGCCAAGAACAAAAUUGGAUUUAUCGAUGGAUCGAUCACGAAACCAGACAGUACCUUGGAUAUCUCAGCUAGUGUCAUCUACUAUGAUGUGACUUACAAGAUUUGGAUAGAUCUGAAAGACCUUUUUUCCCACGAUAACAUUGUUCACUUAUUCCAUAUUGAAAGUGAAAUCCAUGACUGCAUUCAAGACACCAAGUCAAUCGAUUCUUAUUUUACCAAGCUCAAGGGAUUGUGGGAUGAGCAUUAUGCCUUGUGCUUGAUCCCUGCUUGCAAUUGUGGCACCAUGAAAACAGUCUUGGAAUAUCAACAAAGUCAAAAGACCAUGAAAUUUCUCAUAGGACUCAAUGAAUCCUAUGUUGCAAUCCGAGGCCAAAUCUUAUUGAUGGAUCCAUUUCCUACAAUCAAUCGAGCAUAUUCACUUGUGCUUCAACAUGAACGACAAUGUGAUGUUUCAACCGGGAAACAAACUCAUCCUGAAGCAACGACGCUUGCAGUGAGGAACAACUCUAAUACUAAUGACCACAGAAAUUUCAGAGACACUAACAAAGGGUCCAUAUUUGCUCUACUGGAAAUUCGAGCUUCAACACGACUUCAACUUCUACACGAUCAACGAAACUCAACUACUAUACGACUACAAAAUUCCUAUAAAAUUUCCACGAAAUUUGCAUCAUCGAAAUCUCCAUCGAUCGCCAAGUUCAUCCCAAAGUAA